AUGGAAUCGGACAGCGACGACGAUAUCUUCGAGGAACGCCGCGUGGCGAGGGAAAUGCUUGAUGCUUCACGGUUUAAGCGGCUCCAUGGGGGCUUGGUGACUGCAUCCCGACUUCGACACUAUGAUAUUGCAUUACUCUGCGAUUCAGGACCACAGUUCUCCAUCCACCCGUGUCCGGUUUACUCAACGGCAGCUGUGGUGAAGCGCCAGUUGGCUUUGGUGAACAAGAAGCUGAUUGAUGGGAAGAGGAUUACGUAA